AUGCCAGUCACAGAACAAGAUUCCACCAAGCUGAAGGAUUUCACCAGAGAUAAGGACUUCACCAAAGCCAUGCACGGUGAAAGUUACAAGAAGAAGGGUUUAUUUGCUUUGAUGGCCAAGUCCAAGGAUGCUUCCUCUAUUGCUACCGAUGGAUACUUUAAGCACUGGGAUGGUAAAGUUGGUAAGGAAGAUGAAAAGAAGAGACUUGAUGAUUACUCUCAAUUAACACACCAUUACUACAACUUGGUCACUGAUUUCUACGAGUACGGUUGGGGUUCUUCAUUCCACUUUUCUCGUUAUUAUAAGGGCGAAGCUUUCAGACAAGCUACUGCUAGACACGAACACUACUUGGCCCACAAGAUGAACAUCCACGAAGACAUGAAGGUUUUGGAUGUUGGUUGUGGUGUUGGUGGACCCGGUAGAGAAAUUUGUAGAUUUACUGAUUGUGAGAUUGUUGGUUUGAACAACAAUGAUUAUCAAAUUGAAAGAGCCAACUUUUAUGCCAAAAAGUAUAAGUUGGAUCACAAGUUAUCAUAUGUCAAGGGUGACUUUAUGAAAAUGGACUUUGAACCAGAAACUUUUGAUGCUGUUUAUGCCAUCGAAGCCACUGUCCACGCCCCAGUCUUGGAGGGUGUUUACUCUGAAAUCUACAAGGUUUUGAAGCCUGGUGGAGUUUUCGGUGUUUAUGAAUGGGUCAUGACUGAUGCUUAUGAUGAAACCAACGAGGAACAUCGUGCUAUUGCAUAUGGUAUUGAACUUGGUGACGGGAUCCCCAAAAUGUAUAAGAGAGAAGUUGCUGAAAAGGCUUUACAGAAUGCUGGGUUUGAAAUUGAAUACCAACAAGAUAUGGCCGACAAGGAUGAUGAUAUUCCAUGGUACUACCCAUUAGCUGGUAACUGGAAAUAUAUUCAAACUUUAGGAGAUAUUGCUACUGUUUUCAGAACUUCAUGGUUAGGCAGAAAGAUUACUACUGAAACUGUUGGCUUGAUGGAAAAGAUUGGUUUAGCACCUGCUGGAUCCAAAGAAGUUACCAAUGCUUUAGAACAAGCUGCUGUUUAUUUGGUUGCUGGUGGUGAAAAGAAGUUAUUCACCCCAAUGAUGUUGUAUGUUGCUAGAAAGCCAUUGAAGGGAGAAUCUGCAGACUUCUCCACUGCCAAUAGAACUGUGGCUUAA